GAGGAAUUGGUUGCAUGGGGUACUUGCAGGACUACCAGGAUGGGAAUGCUAGUCUCCCUCCCGCUGCUGACACAGCCUCUGCUCCUAACAGGUGUGCAGUUGCUUCUGGCCCCAGGAAGCUGCAAGUUGCCGAGCUCCCCACCUGCCUCCCCUGUACUUUGCCUACCCCUAAGCUGGCUCAUGAGAGAAGGAAUGGCUGUCAGUCACCUGCCAGGCAUGCUUCAGAGCGUGGUGAGCUUCGAGGACGUGGCUGUGGUCUUCACGCAGGAGGAGUGGGGUCUUCUGAGCCCUGCACAGAGGGCCCUGUACCGAGAGGUGAUGCUGGACAACUAUAGCAGCCUGAUGUCCUUAGGACUCUUAGGACGGAAACCAGGUGAUUUUUCUCCCCUGAGGAAGAGGAAAGAAUGGACGCUGAGCGCCACCGGAGGCGUCGGUCUCGAAUGGAUAAGCAUACCUGUGAGUAAGAAAUCUCCUCUCGAGGCAGAGACUCCUGAAGAAGAAUUUGAUCAGUGGACAAUAGAGGGAAGAUUGACCAAAGAUGGUCACUGGACACAUGCUAGCCUGUUGGAAUGGCAAUGCCAGGAAAGUCAGGAGAUGAAUUUGCAGCAGGUGAUCUGCACCCACCAGAACAUUCCAUCUGAAGUUAGUGAGCAGAAAUGCCAUGAACCUGGAAAGAGCUGUUCCAAGAGCUCCUGCCCUGUACAAAAUCAGGAAUUUCAACUAAAGAGAAAUGCCUUUGAAUGCAGCGAGUGUGGGCAAGGCUUCGGUGAGCUUUCCACUCUUAAUAAACAUCAGAGAACACACGCUACAAACCUUCACCCAAGUCCCAAAAAGCCGGCUAAAGAGAAGCGCUAUGAAUGCAGAGAGUGUGGGAAAGCCUUUCACCAAAGCACAUACCUUAUCCAUCACCAAAGAAUUCACACGGGGGAGAAACCGUAUGAGUGUAAGGAGUGUGGCAAGGCCUUCUCCGUGAGCUCCUCGCUCACUUACCAUCAGAAGAUUCAUACCGGAGAGAAGCCUUUCGAAUGCAACGUAUGCGGGAAGGCUUUUAUCCGGAACAUACAUCUUUCCCACCAUCACAGAACACACACCGGAGAGAAACCUUUCACGUGUAAUAUUUGUGAUAAAGCCUUUGUGUGCAGAGCCCAUCUUACCAAACACCAAAAUAUCCACAGUGGUGAGAAACCCUAUAAAUGUCAUGAUUGUGGGAAAGCCUUCAGCCAAAGCACAAGCUUCCUGCAGCACCAGAGAAUUCACACUGGGGAGAAACCCUUCGAAUGUAAUGAGUGUGGGAAGGCCUUCAGGGUGAACUCUUCCCUCACUGAACAUCAGAGAAUUCACACGGGAGAGAAACCCUACCAGUGCGACGCAUGUGGGAAAGCCUUCAGGGACAAUUCAUCCUAUGCCAGACAUCGGAAGAUUCACACCGGAGAGAAACCCUACCGAUGUGGUUUGUGUGAGAAAGCCUUCAGGGACCAGUCCGCCCUCGUCCAGCAUCAGAGAAUUCACACUGGGGAAAAGCCUUACACGUGUAAUAUGUGUGAGAAAGCCUUCAGUGACCAGUCUGCCCUUACCCAGCAUAAGAGAAUCCACACGGGAGAGAAGCUUUACACGUGCAAGGUGUGCGGGAAAGCCUUCAUCCGAAGCACGCACCUCACUCAGCACCAGAGGAUUCACACGGGCGAGAAACCCUAUGAAUGUGAUAAGUGUGGGAAAGCUUUCAACCAGUCUGCGAACCUCAUUCAGCACCAGCGACAUCACAUUGGAGAGAAGUGACUGAAAUGACAGCACUGGGAGUCAGGGACGCUUCAUUCGUGAACAUGAGAGAUGUUUGCCAGAGAUGAACUAUGAAGUCUUGCACCGAGAUAGUUACUGAGUCGAGCUUCGCAGUGUCAUGGGAGCCAAAAGUGGUGUCAGGAAGCUCGGAUCGCCAGAGGCAGCGAUGCAGCCUUGGAUUAGAAAAAGUACAGACUAGCACCUGGCAAUGACUCCCUCCGCCGAGGAGAUUGUAUAAUAAAUUGUUAACCAUAUGGUUAAA